UAUUUUCAUUCCUAAAUCCUAUUCCUAUGGUACCACCCCCCUCCUUUCCAAAUCAACCAUGCGUUGACCCCAAUAACAAAAGUGGAAAAUUGAAGAAAGGAUUCCAACAAUUGGAAAUUUGGAAUCACCCAUAAACAGAAGAAAAAAACUCUUCUUUUUCCUUCUCUGCGAUUUCUCAGCUUUCACUCUUCGCUUUCCUUUUUCAGGUGCAAAGCUUCAAUAACGUAACUGCCAUUUUUAUUUUUAAUUUAAUUAUUAUUGUUGCUUUACGUGCAAGCUUCUCCUAUUUCUCCCGUCCAGGGAAAGAAGAAUCCUACGUUAACAUUUUUGGGGGAAAUUCAACCCAUGAUUCUGUGAGGUUUGUUUCAGCGUAAACGUUGCUUGUUUGGGUAUUUGAGGUAACAGAGGAGAGAAAGCUGAAAACUUUUUCUGCCUUGUGAUUUUGUUGAUUUCAUGGGUUUAGGGUUGCUCUCCUUAGGCAAAUGGGGUUUUGAAAUGAUUGGCUAUUAUUAAUUUUGCUGUAAGUGGGAAUUUUUUGUUUUUGGGUUUUGUCUAGGUCAGAUUUGGAAAGAAAAAAAGUUUCUUUUUUUUGUGGGAUGUUCUGUGGAAUGUCGUGGUGCGGAUUAAGGGUUGACUUCUUUUGAAAGUUUGGAAAUUGAUUGGUGUUUGAGUUUUGAAUUGGGGAGGUUGAGAUUUUGGAGUAGUGAUUGAGGUUUGGUUCGAGUGAUGGAUGAUGCACAGGGUAGUUCAAGUUCCCUGCCCCCUUUCCUGGCAAAGACUUAUGAGAUGGUGGAUGAUCCUUCCACGGAUUCGGUUGUUUCGUGGAGUAUCACUAGCAAGAGUUUCAUUGUAUGGAAUCCCCCAGAAUUUGCCAGGGAUUUGCUGCCUAGAUUCUUUAAGCACAACAACUUCUCAAGUUUCAUCAGGCAGCUGAACACAUAUGGAUUUAGAAAAGUUGACCCAGAACAAUGGGAAUUUGCCAAUGAUGAUUUUGUUAGAGGGCAGCCUCAUCUUAUGAAGAACAUCCAUAGACGGAAGCCGGUUCAUAGCCAUUCUUUGCAGAAUCUCCAAGCACAAGGCCCAAUAGGGGAGGCAGAAAGGCAGAGUUUUACUGAUGAAAUAGAGAAGCUUAAACACGAUAAAGAGCAACUCCUCGUGGAAUUACAGAAAUAUCAGCAUGAGUGGCAGGCAUAUGAGAUACAAAUGCAUUCCUCAAAAGAUCGGUUGGAAAAGUUGGAACAGAAUCAACAAAAGAUGGUUUCUUCUGUUUCUCAUGUAUUGCAGAAACCUGUGAUUUCUGUAAAUAUCUUGCCUCUGACAGAAACCAUGGAUAGAAAGCGAAGGUUGCCGAGAAGUGGCCACUUUUAUGAUGAAGCUAGCGUUGAAGAUGCUAUGGAAACUUCCCAAAUGUUACCAAGAGAAAAUGCAGACAAUACCACUGUCUUGACGUUAAAUGUGGAGCGACUGGAUCAGCUUGAAUCAUCCAUGGCAUUUUGGGAGGCUAUUGUACAUGAUAUUGGUGACACCUUCGUCCAAAUUCAGUCAAACAUGGAUUUUGAUGAAUCUACAAGUUGUGCUGAUAGUCCAUCUAUAUCUUGUGCACAAUUAGAUGUUGAAGUUCGGCCUAAGUCACCUGGAAUUGACAUGAACUCUGAGCCAACUACAGCUGCUGUUCCUGAGCCUGUUGCAUCAAAAGAACAACCUGCGGGAACCACUGUUGCAGCAACUGGUGUUAAUGAUGUAUUCUGGGAGCAGUUCUUGACUGAGGAUCCUGGUGCAUCAGAAACACAGGAAGUGCAGUCAGAAAGAAAGGAAUAUGAUGGCAGAAAGAAUGAAGGAAAACCCAGCGACCUUAACAAAUUUUGGUGGAACAAAUGGAAUGCAAAUAAUCUUCCAGAACAGAUGGGGCAUGUUGGUCAAGCAGAGAAAACAUAGUGGCAAUUGAUUAUUCUUCUUGCUUGUACUGUUCUACAAUCACAUGUAAUAAAUAUAGGUAUGCACAGUUUUCUGAUUUUUCUCUACAAUAGAUACAUAUUCCAUAUUUUGGGUGGGAUGAAUGUUUCAUCCUUCAUUGAUUCAUUAGUUAAGUAUGCCGCUCUUUUGUCUCUUCUAGUUCUAUUAUGCCUUGUACAGAACGGUCGUUUGGUUCAAGCUUUUAAAUUAUGGACCAUAUCAUGCAGCUUCUGUACUGCACUACAACUGCAA